GUUGGCGGUAGCCACGUGGGAGGUUGGGUUACGUCCUGGGAGCUGGGCUCGUGUCAGCUCGCGCGUCCGCACGCACCUGAGGGACACGGCACUCGCUCCACACCGCAACCUACUGCCAUCACAGCCCACGUCCCAGCUACCAGCCACCAGCUACCAGGUGCCCAGCCAUGAAGCUGCACGCCGCCGUCUGCGAGAAGGCCGCGCCGCCCGCCGACUCCACCGCCGUUUCCGCGGCGCCGGAGGAGCGCCUGAUAGAAGACGGCAAACAGAUCAGAAAUGGUUCCAUUACGAACUCAGUCUGUGAUAAUGGCUGCAGUGCAGGAUGUGAGAAAGAUGAGUGUGAUAGACUGGAUCAUUCUAGUUAUUCACUGCUCAACUUUAAUGAUGCCCCUUCAUACCUUAAGUUUAACCCUUAUAUCCGGACUGGUUAUCGUGGAUAUCUUACAACGAAGAUGUGCCUGGAGAGUGUGUUUUGGUGGACAAAUGAGACAAUAAACAUUUGGAGUCACAUAUUUGGAUGGAUGUUAUUCUUAGGACUGACACUAUAUGAUUUAGUUCUCCUUAACAUCCAUGCAUCAUUCGCAGACAAAUUCAUUGUAGGAAUUCUUCUUGGAUGCUUUCAGAUAUGUAUGAUACUGUCAUCACUUUAUCAUACCUUUUCUUGCCGGUCAGAAAAAGAUUACCUUUGCUUCCUUUCAUUUGAUCUUUUUGGCAUAGCUCUCAGUCUUUUGGCAAUUUACAUGUCUGGGGUAUACUAUGCAUUUUGGUGUCAUAAGAACCUGCAGUUAUUCUAUUUGCUCACGGUUAGCCUGAUAUUCCUGUUUGCUAUGAUCAUUCAAAUUCCCAGGUUGAGGGUUGAUGCAAAUAUGAAGCUCAUUGUUUUUGUUUGUUGGGCUGCUUAUGGAGUUGUACCAACAUUUCAUUGGACUGUGAUAAUGGGUGGUUAUGCUAAUCCAGUUGUUCAGUUGCUGCUGCCCCGUGUUCUUGGCAUGUAUGCGAUAAGUGGACUGGCAUUCUUCAUUUACAUGUCAAAAAUACCAGAACGAUUUUUCUCAGGAAAAGUUGAUUAUAUUGGAUCAUCUCAUCAGUGGUGGCAUCUUUUUGUGGUGCUUGCACUAUAUUACUGGCACAACACUGGCAUCAAAUACGUAGAAUUUCGCAUGAAUCAUGGUUGUGCAAAUGACAUGAGGCUGUGAGUUUGAUAGCUAAAAAUUUUGCAAGUAUCAGUUCUGCUGUUUGCCAGCAACAUACCAAAUGUACAAAUAGAAGAACCAUUGAAAAUGGUGGUACUGUAGGCAUGACAGCAAAUGGACCCCAUCUUAUAUGACCAGUGGAAUGUCUACGUACUUGCUAUUGAUGAGCUGUGACAUAAGACAUUACUGUCUGUAUUGUUUUAAACACUCUGCUCUUUAAUAAUGUUACAUCUGUUAUUCAAACUUGUGGUUACACCACAACCAGCUUGAAGCAGAUAUUUGUUUAUUAUUACAUGUAUUUAUUUGUGAUCAUUGGUGCUCAAAUAUGAGGAAAAAAUCAUUGGUAGGAGUCAAAAAGUAUUUUUGGCUUGAGGAAUGAUGUGUGAAUCUUUCCUAAGGAAAGUGUUAUAAAAUCAUGAUGAAUUGCUUAGAUUGUGAUGAUGUACUAUGUUGUUAAUGAAAGACUUAUGUGCUUGUUACACAGAUGUUAAUUGAUGAGAAAAGAUGUGAAAGAAUACAAAAUCUUGAAAGGAUAGAUUGUUACAUAUAUCACAGGAGAAUAAACAGUCAAUGAUAGCAUCACACUAAACUCAGUUUGGAGCUUUUAAACCAGCUACUCAGAAAUAAGUUAAGCAGGUGCUUGAGUAGUCCACAGAUGAGUGGGUAAUAGAUUAUGUUCCACUGACCCAUCCAUCGGCUGUUGGGAAUUUAUUCCUGAACCUUCAAUAUUCUGAUACUAGUAGAGCAAUUAUAUGGAAAUUUUUAUACAUUUGACACUCAAAUUCAUUUUUAUUUUAUUAGUUCUUGGAAAGUAUAAUAGUUCAGUCCACAUCAGAAUUGCAGGAUGGCAGGGUGAGUCAUUGCCCAUUUAUAUGGUUCUAUAAUAGUAGAAACUGUCACAGGUAUGAGGGACACACAAAUGAAAAACACACACACACAUCAUGAGGUUUUGUAAUUCUGUUAUUAGUUCCUUAGUUACGUUAACAAGACUGCAAAAAAUAAAGGGAAGAUAUACAGUAAAGGAAGGGGAUGAAAGAGAACUGAAAUCAUUUUAUUUUAUAUGCUAAGGCCAUGGCUUUUGAAAGUCAACAUCCCAAAGUAAGAAAGACAUUGCUAGAUUUCCUCCACACACUCUCCUUAGUUGUUCUGCACUGUAAUACCCUUGUCCUGUGACACUCUCAAGCACAUUCCCUCAUUCUGUUUCUUACCACAUGGGCAAUGUUGUUUUCAGAUCUGUUGCUAUAACUACCAGAACCACUUAUUCUGUUCUCACUACUAAAAAAUAUAUACAUUGUUAAGGAGAUGAUUGACAAAGAAUAUGCACACUGUGGCAUGGAACCCCAAGACUC